UUUUGUGUGGACUGAGUUAAGUGGCAUUGUUGUAACAAUAUUUUAUACUAUAUCUCACUUCUUUAAUACCCUUCAUUUUCCUUGGAGAAACAAUGUCGCUUUAGUCAGUGUAUAUUACCCCUCCUCUUGAUAUAGUUCAUUCCUUUUUGGCAUGGGUUGGGGAAAAGGAGGGGUGGGCAGAUAUGCUAAUUCUAUCUUUCAUACUUUCCCCUUUUUAGGGAACAAGGGGUUAAUCCCUGGUUUUCUUUGCAAGACAAAUAACAGCCCAGUGUCUUUUAAAAAUCUUCACCAGCAUAUAGCGUUUCAGUGGAAACUAAUCUGAAUGUCUUAUUGUGUGGCUCUCCCUUUUGAGGCCGCCACCUCCCUGUGCCAAGUUUUCAAACACAACUUAAAAGACCCUCAGACAUUUUUACAUUCCCCUCACUCACAGAAGGAGCCUCUUCUUCUCCCUCCCCUGAUUUCCAAUCUGAAUAGGAUGGCUAGUCCAACCAGCUCUGUUGACCCAGUGGCCUGAUCCAAUCAUCUAACAGACUGGAAACCUUCCUUCCCCCCAACUCUCCCCCCCCUUUUACUCUGCCUCAAAGGAGCAAUGAGGAGGCCUGGGUGGAGCCUCCAAUUUAAGUUAUUUUCGAGUUUGCGUGCCUCUUCCAUCAGUAAAGAGCUGGAGUGAAGGUGCAAGAUUUGAACACAGGAAUAGUAACACCUGCUCUCGCACCAGCUGCUGCCUCUCCCUCUCAUUCAACAGCCAAAAUGGUCGAGGCAUUCUGUGCUACCUGGAAGCUGAUUGACAGCCAGAACUUUGAUGAGUACAUGAAGGCACUGGGAGUUGGCUUUGCUACUCGCCAAGUUGGGAAUGUGACCAAACCAACUGUGAUCAUCUGCCAGGAAGGAGGCAAGGUGGUGAUCAGAACCCAGAGUACCUUCAAGAACACAGAAAUCAGCUUCAAUCUGGGAGAAGAAUUUGAUGAAACUACCGCAGAUGACAGGAACUGCAAAUCAGUGGUGACCAUGGAUGGUGAUAAGUUAAUUCAUGUACAGAAAUGGGAUGGCAAAGAGACAAACUUCGUUAGAGAAAUUAAAGAUGGUAAAAUGGUCAUGACCCUCACCUUUGGUGAUAUUGUUGCUGUUCGUCAGUAUGAAAAAGCAUAGAAAUGCCACUCUCUUGUUGGGGUUUGUAUGAAGAACUGUCUUCAUACUAUCAUCUCUGAAAUGAGCAAUGCUGACACGGAAGGAAAACCAAGUGCUAGUUUGUUUUUUUUACCUGUAUAUCAUCAAAUUGGCAAACUCUUGCUCUGUAAAUUGCCAGCAGUAAAACUUUGCAAUAAAUUUCUGAAAUUCUUGC